AGUGGAGAAAAAAAGAGCAGAAGCUGGAGGCUACUUUCUUCUUCCUCACGCACUCUAUCAAUGUGUUUUGUUGGAAGGAAACAAAUAAAAACUCGAGAGAGAGAGAUAACCCUGAAGUGGAGCUCGAGGCAGAUGAUUCAGUUUAGAAGGCGAGCUGCUCUUUUUAUACAAUAGCCAACAAGAUUUAUCUUCUUUUUUUUGUUCACUUAAUACUUUCACUUAGCCAACAAGAUUUAUCAAACUAUGAAAAAAUAUAUAUUUUUCUAAAAAUAGCAUGUGAAAUAGUUUACGUAGAAUAGUCAACGAAAUAUCGCAGAGGAGCAACGGAGAAACCGGUAACAAAUAAAUUAGGGGUGUUACGUGACAUCCCAACUUUUAAAGAUUAAAAAAAAAAUCAACUAGGAGAAAUACUCUUUAGAUUUUACUAAAUCAUGUUUUAUGACAAAAUUAGCACACAAAUUUUUUUAUUUAUAAAAAAUAACAUUAAUUCAAAGUAAAUAUAUAUUUUGUUUUAUAUUUGAGUUUGAGAUUAGUGAUUAUGAUUUAAAGUUUAGAUUAAAAGGGUAAAUUGGGAUUAUAGUAUAGAAUUUAGAGUGAGUCUUUACAUCACACUAUCCUGUGGUAUACAUGUGUUAUAAAUCACUGCUUAGUUGUUUCUAAUAGUAGAAAAUGAAAUAAGUUUACGUGAUGGUUCUUGAUACGAUGCUAUGGCCAAAAUGUUCACACAUCGUUGAAAGGGAGACCUAGAGAGUAGAGAGAGACUAGCAGAAGCAUCGACUCGGCAAAAGCCACUCUCAUUUCUCUUAUCUAAGAUAUCUUUUGUACAUAUGAGAAUUACACUCAAACUUUUUAGAAACAUAAAUGCAUGUACAUACACUUUUGACUUUUAACACAUUUUCACUAAAGCUAAUGUCUCUUCCCUCAUAUCUAUGGACAUAUUCCUUUUCAGAGUUUUUCAGAGAAAAGUGUACGAAGGAGAUAGAAAUAAAAUAUCUUACACCACUUAAGUCUUUGUCCGAUUCCCACCUCGUCUUAUUGAACAACUUAACAUCAAGUAAAUAUAGACAAUUAAAGGUGUUGAAGUCGUAAAGAAAUUAGAAAUCUGGAAGCAUUAUAUAGAAAUUAUAUCUUCCAUAAAUAGUAACCAAAGUGAUCAGAGCAUACAAGGUGAGGAAAACAUCUAACUAAAUUGAUCAAAUUUUGUUUUGGUCUGGUAAUGUGUCAAAAUCUACUAGAGUACUGAAGAGUAUCAGAAAGUAACUGAAAAAUUUACAAAAAAAAAAAACCAAGUCAAGUUUUAUCUUGAUUAAAGAUCUUAAGAUUAUAAAUGAGAUUUAGUUCAUAACUUUGAUUUAUAUUUUUUAUUAGUACAACAAAAUAGCUUUAUAAAGAUUUUGAAAAUCUCCUUGUUUGGUAUAUAUAAAUACAAGUCUGCCAAAAUUCAAUAAAUCAUUUGGACUUAUAUGAAACGUAAAAUAAUAUAAUAUAAAACAUUUUUUUUAAAUAAGUACAAUUCCUACCGACAUAGACAAUAAACAAAAUUUUAGUUUCGACAGUUACUAUAAUAUCUCUCACGGUUUUUCUUAAAUAAGAUAUGUAAACUGCAACUCAUAAAUACCUAAUUUAUAAGGUUUUUUUUUUGAUCAACUUGAUAUCUCUCACGCUCUUUAUAAGGUUUUUCUAAGAAACAUUAAAUCAUCCAUUUCACUUAGAAACUAAAAGGGAUGUGAUGAUGUUUUAUAAACUUUUGUUACAUCUGUUAUGAAUGAAAUAAUCUAUUUCUGACGCAUAUGAGCAGAGCAAUUCAGAGGCUAUAAUAUGUUCUUAGGGAAAGUGGCCGAAUUUGCUUGAGAUAUUCUUAGGAGUUUUCGGGUGCUUUUACUAAUUACUAAUGAAACGCUGUGUGAGUUGGCUAAAAGAAAACCCGCUUCACAAUUUCCCCUGGUUAAGCCUCAUUUUUCGUGCUACCGAGGAACAAGGGAAAAAACUCUUAACAUUACUAAGACCACCCGCAUCGGGGGUUUAUGAGAGAGUCAUGGGCUCGGUAUCAUAGGCCUUUUCGAUUAAAAGAAAUGAAUAAAUGGGUUUCAACCCGUGAACCGGGUCUUCCAAGUGAGCCCGUAUGAUACGGGGUCAUGCCACGCGGCGCAGAGGGAGUGGCUACGCGAUCGCGCGGGUUGAGUGCGAAAAAAUGGGUUUCGCGUGAAAGAUCCCAUUUUCCCUUCUCUCUUCGAAAUCUAGGGUUUCUCCGUCUGUGAGGCAAUUUCGUGUCGGAGUCCAGAGCCGGAGAUUUUCUCGAUCAAUUCGUCGUCGGAGUCACUCGUAAACGCUCUCAGGUGAGUCUCAAUCACUCCGAGGACGAGAUAGCUUCGAUUUGAUCUCGAGAGGUUUCUAGGUUAAGGAAGUCGAUUUGGGGGUUUCGUCUUAGGGUGGGAAAUCGAGAAGGGGGUUUCGAUUUCUUGGUCAAAAUCGACAUACGGUUUCCUUUUAGGGUUCGUUUAUCAUGGAUUUCAUUUCGAUUUGGGGGUUUCGUGUAAGGGUUCGAAAUGUAAAAGGGGGUUUUAAUUUAGGACAUGAAUAUAACCGGACUUGGCUCUUUUAGAAUUGUUUUCAUGCAUGAUAGGAUUAGACCUUUGAACCGAAUUUUUGACAUAGCAAUAUAGAUAGCAUCAAUGGUUACUAGUCGAUUAACAGCUUCAGUAUGCUUUCUUGAAUGGAAAAACAAACCACAUUUUUGAUUUCUAUAGUUCUGUGGUCUCGUGUGGUCUAUAGUAGUUUGAUGCCAUUUUUUUAAAUUGGAACUCGAUUAAUACAUGUAAUUGGAACUCGAUUGUUGCAGAUGGAAACUCCCCGAGAACCUCAUUUCUUCAAGCCUCUUCUUCCUGGUUUUCAAAGUGGCGUCGCAAUACCACUUGACUUCUACUCAAAACACAUACAAGGGGCUGAGAUCAAUAAACCAUGGAAGCUAAGAUCGGACGCUUCGGAUCAAAUUUGGGAGGUGAUCCGAGAAGGCAGGACACUCACCAAAGGUUGGAAAGAGUUCACCGAAGCACAUGAUCUUCGAAUCGGUGACAUUGUCAUCUUCAAACACAAAGGAGACAUGGUCUUUCAUGUGACUCCUUUUGGUCCUAGCUGUUGUGAGAUUCAGUAUACACAUCCUCACAUCGUUAAGGAAGAAGCCGACGCGGAUGAUGCUCCUACUUUCUCAUACGACUACUGCUUCUUGGCUGAGGUUACUCCUACAAAUCAAAAGGACGACAAAAUGUUUCUUCCUGUGGAAGCUAUGAGGUGUGGUGCUUUGAACCAACAAUGCAAAGAGGUCAAACUUGUCAACAAGGAGGGAAAGUCAUGGACUGCGCGCUUCGGAUUUAGCGAAUCAGACGGCGCAUAUUACAUCAGCAGAGGGUGGAAAAAGUUCUGUCGUGAUAACAGAUGCACCAACGGAGAUUUGUUUGUGUUCAACGUGGUUGGAGACGGGACGACAACUCCAUUACUGUGUGUAUGUCCGGAAAGGAAGGAGUGUACUGAACUACUGAUCAAGCACUUCAGCAGAAUCGAUGGUAAGUCUUCUCAUUUGACUUUUUUGUGUUGUCUAUAUCUUCAAUGUUACUACUUUGGUUCUGCUUUAACUUGUGUUCUCUUCUUCUACAGGUAGCAUUGCUUCUACCUCACGAAAUUAGAUGGCUCUUUUGCGGUCUUUCCUCUCUAUCAUCUUAACUUGUUUCUUUUUGUUUCAUUAGCAACUUAUCAACUUAUGUAUUUCGGUUUGUAAAACUUGAAUGGUUUUUCUAUGUGUACUUUUAUCCUAAGUUAAACAUUCUCGAACUUAAUUCCUUUGUUGAAUUCGUAGACUGAUCAUCGAACAAAAUGUUUCUAUGAAUUGAAUUUAAGUUAAGAAACAACAUAAAAUUUUAAAACAUAGCUUUUCUACAUUUGAAAACACAAACCAAAAUAUUAAAACAUAUCUCGAAAGCCAAAACUUAAACUCCAAAACUCUAACAUAACUUUUCUACAUCUGAAAACACAAACAAAAAUAUUAGAACAUAUCUCAAAACCAAAACUUAAGCUCCAAAACUAAAACAUAGGUUGAAUAAAAUGUUUUCAUAAAUUUUAUAAUAUAUUUUAAUAUUUUAUUCAUGUAUUUUGAAUAAUUUUAAAUUUUAAAACAAAUAAAAAAUAUUAUUAUUUUAUUCCUAUGAACUCGUUCUUCGGGUUCACUAAUGCAGAAAACAACAAAUUUGGGUUCAUAACUGUUCAUGGGCCCACAAAAAAUAUUAAAAAAAUUUGGUGAAACCCAAAGUGGGGUUCACCAAUGCUCAUGCUCUAAAGGUGAUCGGUUCCAAGGGACUGCAUGCACUAAUUUAUAUAUAAUGCUACUUCCUCCGUUUUAUAUUAAGUGUCGUUGCAGAAAAAAAAAUUUCAUUACAAAAUAAGUGUCAUUUUAGCAUUUCGAUGCAUAAUUUAUUAACUUUAUUUUGUAUUUUAUUUUUCUAUUGGUUGAAAUAGGAGUAGGUGUAUGGGUAAUAAUAUUUUUAUAUGGAAAACAUGCAAAAUUAAAUGAUUUUUUAGUCUGUGUGUAAAAGUCUCAAAUAACACUUAUAAUGAAACAUAUGGAGUAAUUUAUAGUACUAAAUCUGGACAAUGCUAAAACAAAGGUGUAUAGAAGUUGAAAAGAAUUUUUAGACAUUGAUCAUUCUUUAUCUUGACUUAGAGCAAGAGCAUCAGUGAACCCUUCUUUGGGGUUCAUUUUCUUAAUUUUUUAUUAUUAAAUUUUUUUCUUUUUUUUUUUUGAUUUUUUUUUUUAAAAAUAAAAAAAAUAAUUGACCAAUCGCGAACCGCCAUGUGUCGUGGGAUCCGCGCUACAGUGAUGAACUUUAGGAGAGAGGGUAUCACGCAGGAGAGGCGAGACGAAUCAAUUUCAUCGCUUUUACUUUUUUUAAUAUUUUGUUUUCUUCGUAAAACGUGUGAUCCUCUCCUUUAAACCUCUAAUGCGCAUGGCCUUAAAGAGUUAUGAGUGUAGCUAUAUUUAAAUAUUAAACUAAUAAAAAACAGAAGUAUGAAAAUAUACGGCAUAGCUACCAAUACUUAAUUAUUGGCAAUGAAGACGGUGUUAAUAUAGACUAAUGCUAACAAUUAUCAUACAUACACAAAUGUGAAAAUUAAAUUCACAAGCAAGCACAAUGUCGUCAUGGAUGGAGGAUUUCCGAACAAUAGAAGUUAGUGAAGUGGUGAUAGCACACUCAGGUAGAACGGAUGUGUUGAUAUCAAGAUUUGGAGAGAAUCUCAAGGGAGGAAUCUCUGUGACUCGCAUGGAGGAGAGAUGGACUCUCCAUCGAUUGUUUUAUUCCGCCUAAGGAGAUGAAGAUGGAUUUUCACCACCAAGACGGUCCAAACACGUUUCCGGAUUUAUUAGAUGAGCGGCAAAAAUUGUAAAAUAAAAAAAAGUCACGAGAAUUAGUAUAGAAAAAUUGUGUAAGGGUGAUUUUAAUAUCAAAACGCUUAUGGUCAAAA